AUGUCAUACAGACACUAUCGUUCAAACCGAAAGUAUGACGAACCAACUGAGCGAUAUACCCCAGACGGACGACUAGUCAAAAAUGAAUCACGAGAGACGAAAGAGGACAUUCCCUUGAAAGAAAUUCUUCGGCGACCAGAUCUAAGAGAAAAGUUUCUCAAGGAAGCACGCGAAUCGAUAGCAAUCGAUAAAGAUGCGUUGAGGAAAGAGGAUGUGAAAAUCGAACCAGAAAGUGAUGACGGGUUAUGGAGUAAAGAUAUUGAAGACAGGUUUUUUUCAUAUCGGCCAGGAUCUGAAUCUUAUAUUACUAGAGGAGAUGACGAUUACUUUGCUUUCAGAGAAUUUUUCGUAAAAUAUAAAUCCCAUCGAAAAAUCAAAUUGAAACAACUUGCUGAGGAACAACCUUCACAAAAACGUCUCACAAAAUCGUCAGAAGAGUUAAAAUCUAUGAAAUAUGCGCUGGUGUUGUUUGAUGAUUUUAAGAGAAAGAAGGACGCCGCAACAAAAGAGAAGAUUCAAAAGGAUCGUGCAGCAUUGCCGAUUGCUCCGUUUAAAGAUGUAAUACUGAAAGCGCUUCGUCAAUAUCGCGUCAUUCUCGUCGCUGGAGAUACCGGAUGCGGGAAGUCAACACAAGUACCACAGUAUUUGAUGGAAGCAGGAUUUCAAAAGAUCGCUUGCACUCAGCCCAGGAGGAUCGCAUGCUUUUCUCUUGCCAAGAGAGUUGGUUACGAAACUAUGAAUGCAUAUGGAUCUCAGAUCGGUUAUCAGGUCAGAUUUGAAGGUAUAAAAUCGAAUAGAACACGCAUACUCUUCUUGACAGAAGGCUUGCUCCUACGCCAAUAUGCUAGUGACAAUUGGUUGGCUCAAUAUGAUGUCAUCAUAGUAGAUGAAGUUCACGAGAGACAUUUGAUGGGUGAUUUUCUACUCGGAGUGUUAAAGCAGCUAUUACGAGAUCGUGCGGAUAUUUAUAUUGUAUUAAUGUCUGCUACGAUUAACAGCGAACUAUUUUCAAAAUAUUUUGAUGCACCGACAAUAACAAUUCCGGGAAAGAUGUACGACGUCGAAAUUCUCUAUCGCCCACACAACGAGGAAGACAUCAAUCUCAUUGACGAUAAGAACUACAAAACAAGGCUUGAAGCUGAGAUCAAAUAUUCCAUCCCGGCUAAAUCCGACCGCAUCGACUCAACACCAUACUUGCAAAUUAUGGAACAAAUAGAUCAAACAUACUCUGCUAACGAACGAGGUGAUUUGUUAAUUUUCAUGAGUGGAAUAAACGAAAUCUCACAAUUGGCUGAAGAAGUGAAGUUAUAUGCAAGUUAUACCAAACGGUGGAUUGUAUUGAUGCUGCAUUCCUCGCUAUCAGUUGAAGAACAAGAAAAGGUGUUUGACAUUGCACCAGAAGGAAUUAGAAAAUGUAUUAUUUCUUCCAACAUUGCAGAGACGUCUGUCACUAUUGAUGGAAUACGAUUUAUCAUUGAUUCCGGCAGGGUGAAAGAGUUAGGACACGAUGAAGGGCUACAUAAAUUAUCAGAGUUUUGGAUCUCGAAAGCCAGUGCUAAGCAGCGUGCUGGAAGAGCUGGACGAACUGGACCAGGCAUAUGUUAUCGGUUAUACUCUGAACGCGAAUAUCAACAUCUGAAUGAUUUUGCCAUACCAGAGAUUCUUCGGGUGCCUGUUGAACCUAUUGUUCUGCAAUUGAAGGCCCUUGAUCUCGGCGAUCCAAGAGACUUUGAUUUUGUUGAACGCCCGCCAACGGCAUCAAUCGAAUCUUCAAUAAAAUUCUUACAAAUGUUGGGUGCCCUCGACGACCGCGAGAAUCUGGCAGCGCUUGGCAGAGUCCUUUCUAACUUGCCAAUAGAUGUAAUCUUGGGGAAGAUGCUUGUAAUGGCUACGGUAUUUGAUCUGAUAGAGCCAGUGGUGACCAUAGCAGCAGCACUCAACAUACAGUCUCCAUUCGUACGCUUAGGAAAUAAUCCCAAACCAGAAGUAAUUCAGAAUCGUCGUACUUUAGACUCGUCUCAUGGAGAUCCGUUUACCCUACUUAAUUUAUGGCAAGAGUGGGUCAAAAUCAAAGCCGAUCGAUCGGAAUCAUCGCGAUCGUGGUGCAAACGUCAUGGCGUCGAAGAGCAACGAUUAUACGAAAUAACCAAGUUAAAAAGACAGUUUGAAGAUAUCAUGGGUGAUGCAGGCCUGAUCUCGCAAGAAAACAAUAGACGAGAACAAGAGCGCGAGCGGAUGAGUGCGCGCGACAUGCGUAAACGGAAAGAACAACAACAUUUGCUUCGCCGGCAAAAAUAUAUUCAGAAAUCAUCAAAGAGAAGAAAAAUACUAAAGUUUCAGGAAGAAGGAGAAGAAGAACGAGAUGGUACAUACAUCAUUGGUCAGAUGGUUAUGGUUAUCUGGCAAGACAGUAUAGAAGCUCCCGGGGCCAACUACGGCAGGCUUCUUGCAAGUGGCCUGCCUUAUGAUCGUUAUACGGAUCUUGAACACAUAGAUAUACGCGACCUCGAAUUUAGUUUGUCUCAUGAUGCUGAAUCUCUUCGAGAAAAGUCAACGUCUGCACUUGCCUCCGAAAAAGAUAUAAAUGUUCUGAAACUUAUUAUUUGUUCAGGAUUGUAUCCGCAGCUCGCCGUUGAAGACGAACACAACGAAGUGAGAAAAAUAAAUGAGCAGAUAUUUCAUACAAAAACUAAACGGUUCUUGAACAUUCAUCCAACAAGUGUGUUCUAUGCUAACCCGGAUUGGCUUGUUUCUGGUCGAGGAUCUGAUACAAAUGACGAACUCUUAGCCUAUGUUCAGUUACUGGAAACCAAUAAACCGUAUCUUGUGAACAUAAUGCGUGUUCCGACAGUACAUACGUGUCUUCUGUUUGGCAAAUCCAUCGAUACUAAUGCCGACUGUUCGUUAAUUGUCGUCGAUGACUAUCUGGUACUGCGGUUUCACGGUGCGAGAAAAGUGGAAAAAGUGCUAGUCAUAACUUAUCAGCUGAGGAAACUAUGGGGCUUAUUGGUCGAACGGAAACUAGAGAGUGGUAAACGAAAGGCUAGUUUCUCCAAAAACAAAAGAGAUGCUGUGAGAGACAAAGUUCCUGAUGACAUUCUCCUGACAAUGCCACCCGCAAUACAAAAGAUAUAUAAGGAUGAGUGGCUAAUGAACAAGUACGAGGAAGAAUACGAUGAAGAUGAUUUUUCAGCGUUAUCGGAAGAGUUGUCGCAUAAACUAGCUGGUUUCAUGGAUUCACUGAUUACGUGCGAAACUGGACGCGCCAAAACUUCCGAGCUGUUGUUGAUGUUCCCUCAGUCUUCUGGCCAGACUUUAAAAGAAGAAGAUUCAUCAAUAUGGGAUUCCGAAAAAGUGGUAAAGCUUGGAGUUCAAGUAACGUCUUAUCUGCGGUGGAAUAGUGUCCAUCUCAGCAGUCUUGGAACGACAUCUUUUUCAGCAGACUCUGUCACAGCAAACAAAAGGCGUGACUACGUCUAUCGGUCUUAUUGGCGUUGUGAAAAAUGCAAUGCGGACUUUACUUUUAAUCAAACGGAAAUUGAGGAACAUAUGAUGAAAUGUGGUAGGGAGGCUAACGAUAUUAUGGACGAGAGUGGGAGUGAGAGUGAGUAUAUUGAUUAUCUGGUUGAUAAACUGAAGAAGAAUGUAGCGGAAGGGAAAAAUGAACAGGAAAAGAAUUUCCAUUGUGAUAUUUGUGGGAAAGAUUAUUCGUUUAGUCCGAUUGAGAUCCUUAGACAUAGAAAGAGUUGUAAAUUGGUUAUGAACGUCACCAAAGAAAUCCUUCGUAUAAAUGCUCGUGAGGCAGAGCGCAACAUCUCCGAGACGGGCUCUUGGCACAAUCAGUAUGCGGAUUCUCCUUACAUAUUUGUCGGUAAUAUCCCAUUUGAGCUCACAGAAGGAGACAUUAUAUGUGUAUUUUCUCAAUAUGGUGAAAUAUUGAAUAUAGAUUUGAUUCGCGAUCAGCAGACAGGAAAGUCGAAGGGAUUUGCAUUUAUUAGAUAUGAAGAUCAAAGAAGUACGAUACUCGCAGUAGAUAAUCUCAACGGUAUCAAGAUUCUAGGGCGUACGGUUCGUGUUGAUCACGCAAGUGCCACUACAAAAGACGGAAAACGACGAACCGGAAUGAAUGCGCUUCCACAGAAGAAGAAAAGUGGUGAUAAAGGAAUUAACAAGCUGGCGAUUAGACAAAUCGAUCAAGAACCAGUUAUUCAAACGAAAAGGUUAGGAUCAGACUUGUACUUACCCAAAGCUAUUCUUCCCGAUCUUAAUGCGAACAAAUGGGAGGAAGAGCUACAAAAGACGUAUUGCACAUGCAUGUGUCUUGGGGAUUUAGAGUUAGAUAUAAAAAUUAUUUAA